GGCUGCCAUCACCGCCUAUCACCCCCUGUUUGCUAAGCAGCUAGCCGAACGGCAAAGUGGGUGUAAUGGAUAGAUACGAACACUAACACUAGCAAAACAAGGCGCCCGGCAAAAUUGCAGUCCCAUUAAAACCGCAACCAUGUUUGGCCGGUCACGGAGCUGGGUUGGAGGACAGGGGAAAGCGAAAAAUAUCCACUCCCUGGACCAUUUGAAGUAUAUGUACCACGUCUUGACAAAAAACACAACAGUAACAGAUCACAACAGGAACCUUCUGGUGGAGACCAUCCGCUCGAUCACAGAGAUCCUCAUCUGGGGGGACCAGAAUGACAGCUCUGUGUUUGAUUUCUUCCUGGAGAAGAACAUGUUUGCCUUCUUCUUGAACAUCCUCCGUCAGAAGUCUGGACGUUACGUGUGUGUCCAGCUCCUCCAGACCCUCAAUAUACUUUUUGAAAACAUUAGCCAUGAGACUUCCCUAUAUUAUCUCUUAUCAAACAACCACGUCAACUCCAUUAUUGUCCACAAGUUUGACUUCUCGGAUGAGGAGAUCAUGGCUUAUUAUAUCUCCUUCCUUAAGACCCUGUCACUCAAACUUAACAACCACACCGUGCACUUCUUCUAUAAUGAGCACACUAAUGACUUUGCCCUGUACACCGAGGCCAUUAAGUUUUUCAACCACCCUGAAAGCAUGGUCCGCAUCGCAGUCCGAACCAUCACACUCAACGUCUACAAAGUUUCAUUGGACAACCAGCACAUGCUGCACUACAUUCGAGAUAAGACCGCAGUCCCAUAUUUCAGUAACUUGGUCUGGUUUAUCGGCAGCCAUGUCAUCGAACUGGACAAGUGUGUACAGACAGAUGAAGAACAUAAAAACAGGGGGAAGCUAAGUGACCUGGUAGCAGAGCACCUUGACCACCUCCACUACCUAAAUGAUAUCCUCAUCAUCAACUGUGAAUUCCUUAAUGACGUUUUAACCGACCACCUCCUCAACCGUCUCUUUCUGCCACUCUAUGUUUACUCUUUGGUCAGUCCUGAGACGUCUGAAGAGCGGAAGAUCAACCCCCAGGUGUCCCUUUAUCUGUUGUCUCAAGUGUUUCUAAUCAUCCACUAUCAGCCACUGGUCAAUGCCCUUGCAGAUGUUAUUUUCAACGGAGAUCUGUCUGUAUUCACCACACCGACAGAUAUUCACAGCACGCACAAGAGCACGGCAAGUGCGGGAGGUAUGCGCCGCUUCAUCAAGCCUCCGGAGUCUCUGGAGCGCUCACUGGAGCUGUCCCGCCAUCGUGGCCGCAAAAGAACACAGAAGAGGCCAAACUACAAGAACCUGGGCGAGGAGGAAGAUGAUGAAAGGGCUGGGGGCGGAAGCAGCAGUGCAGGAGGAGGACUAGAAGAGGGCUGGGAUGAUGACAGUGGCAGAGGAGGAGAGAGGGAAAAGGGAAAAGGUACAGAGGGAAUAGGAGCAGGUGGGAGUUCUAAGGGAAGCAGAGCGAGUGGUGAGACGGCGGAAGAGAUAGAAAUGGUGGUGAUGGAGAAGUGUAAGGUGCCAGAGCUGACAGAGCAGAACAUCACUGAUGAGGAGAAGACAGCUGCAGCUACUCGCACACACACACAGAGGAGCAGGCCGUUCUUAGACAUGGUGUACAGUGCCCUUGACUGCACCAGUGACGACUACCACGCGCUGUUUGUCCUCUGCCUGCUUUACGCUGUCUCACACAGCAAAGGUAUCAACCUUGAUCUUCUGGAGCGUCUGCAGUUGCCAGUUCCAGACCAGGAGAGGAGUUCUUACAGCGUGGUCCUCGUAGAAAGACUUAUUAGAGUUAUGAGCCAAGCUGCACUGCCAGAUGGUAAAGUGCGUCUAGCUACUCUUGAGCUGAGCUGCCUUUUGUUAAAGCAGUCUGUGUUGUCUGGGAGCAACUGUAUUAUCAAAGACAUUCAUCUGGCCUGCCUGGAGGGUGCCAGAGAGGAGAGUCUGCAUUUACUGCGACAGUUCUACAAGGGCGAAGAAAUCUUUCUGGACAUGUUUGAGGACGAAUACAGGAGCAUGACGAGUAAGCCACUGAAUGUGGAGUAUCUAAUGAUGGAUGCCUCAAUACUGCUGCCACCCACUGGCACUCCUCUGACCGGUAUUGACUUUGUAAAGAGACUUCCUUGUGGAGACGUGGAGAAGACACCAUUGAUGUUUAUGUUUGUGAUCCCUUUUUCAGAUAACAGUGACCUGAUAGCCUGUAUGGUGGUCAGUAAAGAUGGGGGACAGGCCCAGAGAUUCCUCGCUGUAGAUGUGUACCAGAUGAGUCUGGUGGAACCAGAAAGCAAACGCCUUGGAUGGGGUGUCGUCAAAUUUGCCGGCCUCUUGCAAGACAUGCAGGUGUCCGGCGUUGAGGACGACAGCAGAGCGUUAAACAUAGUCAUUCAUAAGCCCAGCUCCAACCCCCACGCCAAGCCCCUGCCCAUUCUGCAGGCCAACUUCAUCUUUGCAGACCACAUUCGCUGCAUCAUCGCCAAACAGAGGCUAGCCAAAGGCCGUAUCCAGGCCCGGCGGAUGAAGAUGCAAAGGAUUGCCGCUUUGUUGGACCUGCCUGUGCAGCCCAGUGCAACAGAGGUGUUGGGUUUCGCUCAGACUGCAAACACUUCAGCCAGCGGCCUGCCUUUCCGGUUCUACGAGCAGUCUAGGCGGGCACCAAAUGAUCCCACGGCAAAUAGAUCAGUUUUUGCCUCUGUCGAUAAAGUACCAGGGUUUGCAGUGGCUCAUUGCGUGCCCCAGCACACUCCCUCACCCCUCUCCUCACCCUCACCUCCCUCCAGUGGAAGCGGGAGCACGGGGCGAUGCGACUCUGUUACUGCAAGCACGACAUCAGCUCAGAGUCCUGCAGAUGACGGUAUACUUUUGGAGCACACUCCGCCUUCAUCCUCAGGCGGAGAAAGUGAAGGAGGAGGUGGAGAAGUAACAUUAGUCUCCUCUGCUCCCUCAACCCCAGCUCCAGCUCCAGCCCUGGCCCCGAGCCUCACCCCAGCCUCCCAGCCCACUAUCUCACUCCUUACCGACAACAGCGCAGACACCCUGAGCGUCGAGUCGCUCACCCUGCUGCCGCCUGCCGACCCACCUCACCUGCACCUGUGCACCGGCCACGUCACAGCAGCUCAGUCCCUACAGAGACCAGAUGCCUCUAUUGCAGAGGAGGAGGAGGAGGGGGACGACGAGUUGGUUAGGAAAGACGAGGAGGACGGCUCGCCGAUAGAUGAGACUGAAACAGAUGCAACGGUAAAAGAGGAAACCACUGAGACGACUGAGACAGUCACACCCACAGAUGAGGUUCCAGAGAGAACAGAUGAAAUACAAGGUGAAGGCACACUUAAAGAGCUCAAUGGGGACCUCGAGCAAGAAAGAGAAGGCGUGACAGCUGGAGAAUCUGAUAAUGCAGAGUUAGACACUGAAACACCAGACUCACCUGAGCUGGAUUAAGGAACAUGCAGUACUCGUGCAGUCACCAGUGUGAUAGAUAAUAUACCAAGCUCAUGAUGGAAACUGUAGGUUAGAAAGUGAUGUGAAUAGUCCAAGAGGCUUUCGGAGGCAUCUCAACAUUUUGUAUUUGCACAUGAAGAAAGACUCAAAACAGACACUGGUCAACGAGGGCUCAAAGCACAUUUGGCUUUCUGUGCUUUCUAAACUCGUGUUUUUCUCUUCUUUUUCUUCUUUAUUUGGCACAUGUGUGUCGAGGCGCGCAACCAGCAACGUUUUUUACUCAUUCUGAUUGUGUAUGAGCUCAAACACAUACCACACGCUACUGCUGCGAGCUGCACUUUUCGAAGACCUAUUUUUGUGUCAUAUUUUCACAUACCGGGUCACCACAUGCAUUUCGGUGGUGUUCACGACUAUGCUAAACACAGAACACCACUGCAAGUCAGAUGGGUUAGCAGUUUCUGUCACCGUGCAACUGCUGCUGGGUUGGGUGGGGUGUGUUUGUAGGUUUUACAUAUUUUUCCAUUUAGUGAGCAGCGCAUUUAAAAAUUUUAUCAAGUCAUCUCUAGCAUAAGCUAGGCGGGAGCAGGUCUCAAAUUGUAAAUGUUCACCAUCUCAUCUAAUUCAUAAAGCUGAAUAACCAAUCGGUGCCAUGACUAACCAAAAGAAUUAAUGGGAAAUCUGAUCGGGAUCGCUCAAGGGCUGUAAAAUAACUGGAAUAGUACAGCUCAAGUCUGUUCAUUCAGUUAUUCAUUCACUCUGAGAGUCUGUAGGGACACAGGUUGCUAACUGAGAAGCUAUUUAUUGUUUAUUUUAGAAAAGUAAAAGUUGGUUUGUUGAAUUAAACUCACAGGUUAAUGUUAGUGAUGUUGGAUGUUCAAGUCUGCACAAAACAACACUUGGGUUGAAUGUAUCUGCUGGUUUCCUCCUGACACGCUAACGUGAGCUCAUUCUCCAUGGAUCUGGCUUUGACUAGAUGAAUGCUUUCACACCUUAAUUCGAAAAAGAGGGUUAUUUUUAAAAAGAGCUUACUGCCUCCAAAAAUUUCUAAAACACAGUGUUUGGAUUUUUUCGUUAUUCUUGUGGCAUUACAGAUAAAUUUUUUCAGGAACAAGUCACAGCUCUCACAUGAGUGUCACGGGGGAAAACCCUCACAUGCUCCUCUUCUUUUUCCUUUUUCUUUUAAUCAGAUGAAUGAAGCUUUACUACUGCAAUAAUCUUAAGAGCUAACCAACGAGGGGAGAAAUGAAUGUAAUGGGUAACCUGUCUCUCCAAACAGCAGUGUUUGAUCAAUUUGAAUGAAACUGGUGUGUUUUAACUUGAAUUUGUGACUUGAUUUGUAAAUUAUAGGAUUAAAGCACACUCUUCAGUCCAUCUAUUCCCAUAAUUUCCUGCCAUUCACCUCCUCCUCGCUCACACACCAUCUUUUUCUGUGCCAUCCUCACGCAGCUGAAGUCUUAAUGCUCGGAACAUUCUUAUUUUUUUAACUGUACAGUCCUCAACAAGUUUCUAAAAUGAGAACUUCGGAGCAAUACGGUCUCUUAUUAUUUCCAUCUUGCUACUGUAAAUAGCAGGCGAAUGAUAGUGAAGUUCACGGACAUGCUGAAGAGGCUUGGCACAGUUUGGAGAGUUGAUAAGAGGCUUUGUAGGGAGCAUAUUUUCAUGUUCCCUGCAGCCACUACCAAUCUCUACCAGAACAUGCAGUCACAAGCUUCCAUAAGUCUCUGAUUGUAGAGUGUGUGUGUGUGUGUCUGUGUGUGUGUCUGUGUGUGUGUCUGUGUGCUUGUCUGUGUGUGUGAGAGAGACAAGUUUGUUUGCUCUGUAAAUGCUAUGAGCUUUUAAACCUGUAAUUAUUGUUAAUGAACUGAAACAGAUGACUAAAUAAAGAAAUGCAAUAAAUUAUUCUACUUAACUACA